AUGCCUCCAAGGUCCUUUGCUGCAGCAAACCUGUGUCACAGUCUCACUCGCAGUCUACCCUGUCCUUAUCCUGAUUUGCUGCCACGCACGAUCGUGACUAGUUCUCGUCCUGUACAGCCCAAAUCUUCUCCGAAAUCCUCCGUUUAUUGGCGCUCUUUCUCCCACUCCGCCCCUACGUUCACCACAACCAUGACUCAGAUCGAGCGCAUCACAGAGAACCUGCAGAAGCCGGAGCUUGAUGAUCGUUCUUACAGAGUUAUUCGUUUGCCGAAUAAGCUUGAAGCCCUUCUGGUGCAUGAUCCGGAUACCGAUAAGGCCAGCGCCGCCGUCAAUGUCAAUGUGGGCAAUUUCUCCGAUGAGGAUGACAUGCCAGGGAUGGCUCAUGCCUAUCCCAAGGAAAAUGCAUACAACCAGUACCUAGCUGCCCACUCCGGAUCUUCCAAUGCCUACACAGCUGCCACUGAAACGAACUAUUUCUUCGAAGUCGCCGCUACGGGCGAUUCCAGUGCCCCAAAAUCCAGUGGAGAGAGCACUCCCGCCGAGGCAACAAAUGGUAGCAAUGGUGUUGUAUCGAAUGGAAAUGGACUAGAGGGCAAGUCACCUUUGUACGGUGCCUUGGAUCGAUUUGCCCAAUUUUUCGUCUCACCGCUGUUCCUAGAGUCUACCCUAGAGCGUGAGCUGCAAGCGGUGGAUUCGGAGAAUAAAAAGAAUCUUCAGAGCGACCUGUGGCGGUUGAUGCAACUGAACAAGUCUCUCUCGAACCCUAAACAUCCCUACAGUCACUUCUCGACUGGUAAUCUGCAGACUUUGAAGGAAGACCCGCAGAAGCGUGGCCUGGAAGUCCGCAGUGAGUUCAUUCGUUUCUACGAGAAGCACUACUCGGCCAACCGCGCGAAGCUGGUUGUUUUAGGACGUGAAUCUCUGGAUACAUUGGAGCAGUGGGUCUCCGAGCUGUUUUCCGAUGUCGAGAACAAGAACCUUGCCCCGAACCGUUGGGAUGAUGUUCAGCCCUGCACCCCGGAGGACAUGUGCACCCAGGUGUUCGUGAAGCCUGUCAUGGACUCUCGCUCCAUGGAUCUAUACUUCCCCUUCCUUGACGAGGAAGAUAUGCACGACACCCAGCCCAGCCGGUAUAUCAGCCAUCUAAUUGGCCACGAGGGUCCGGGCAGUGUCCUCUCUUACCUCAAGGCGAAGGGCUGGGCCAAUGGUUUGUCUGCGGGUGCCAUGCCUAUUUGCGCCGGAGCUGCGUUCUUCACCAUCUCCGUGCGCCUGACGCCAGAGGGUCUUAACAAGUACCAGGAGGUUGCUAAUGUUGUUUUCGAGUACAUCGCAAUGAUCCAGAAGCGCGAGCCCGAGCAAUGGAUCUUCGAUGAAAUGAAGAACCUUGCCGAGGUCGAAUUCCGUUUCAAGCAGAAGACCCCAGCCAGUCGUUUCACCAGCCGCUUGAGUAGUGUCAUGCAGAAGUCGCUACCCACCGAGUGGCUAUUGAGUGGAUCUCUGCUGCGACAAUUCGACCCCGAAUUGAUCAAAAAGGCCCUCGGCUAUCUCCGAGCAGACAAUUUCCGCCUGGUCAUUGUGUCCCAGGAGUUCCCGGGCACUUGGGACAAGAAGGAGAAGUGGUACGGCACUGAAUAUAAGGUCGAGAAGAUUCCCCAGCAGUUCUUGGGUAGUCUCCAGAAGGCUUUGGAAUCAACUGAAGCUUCCCGCACCUCUAACGUGCACAUGCCCCACCGCAACGAGUUUGUACCGACCAGACUUUCCGUCGAGAAGAAAGAAGGCGUUGAGGCGACCAAAACCCCCAAGUUGAUCCGCCAUGAUGACCGUGUGCGUUUGUGGUUCAAGAAGGACGACCGCUUCUGGGUACCCAAGGCCACUCUUGAGAUCACCCUUCGUAACCCUCUGGUCUGGGCCACCCCUAACAACCUCAUCAAAACCAAGCUUUACAGCGAGCUUGUCAGAGAUUCGCUAGAUGAGUACUCUUACGAUGCCGAGCUUGCUGGACUCGAUUACCACCUUUCGGCUAACAUCUUGGGCCUGGAUAUCUCCGUCAGUGGAUAUAAUGACAAGAUGUCAGUUCUUCUGGACAAGGUCCUCAACACCAUGCGGGGACUGCAAGUCAACCAAGACCGUUUCAACAUCAUCAAAGAGCGUUUGACACGGGCCUUCCGUAACGCCGAGUACCAACAGCCUUACUACCAGGUUGGCGACUACACUCGGUACCUUCUUGCUGAGCGCAGUUGGGUCAACGAGCAGUAUCUUGAGGAGCUGGAGCACGUUGAAUGUGAAGAUGUGGUUAACUUCUUCCCUCAACUGAUUGAACAGACUCACAUUGAGGUCCUGGCUCAUGGAAAUCUCUAUAAGGAGGAUGCCCUGCGCAUGACGGAUUCUAUCGAGAAGAUUUUGGAAGGUCGCCCUCUUCCUCAAUCGCAGUGGUACUUGCGCCGCAACAUGACCCUGCCCCCUGGUACCAAUUACACAUACCCCCGUGAUCUCAAGGAUCCCGCCAAUGUCAACAACUGCAUCGAGUACUACCUGUACAUUGGCAUCUUCUCCGACGAAGGUCUGCGCUCGAAGCUCCAGCUGUUUGCUCAGAUGACCGACGAACCCGCAUUUGACCAGCUUCGCAGCAAGGAGCAGCUCGGAUAUGUCGUAUGGAGUGGCGCACGCUACAACGCCACUACCCUGGGAUACCGUGUUAUCAUUCAGAGUGAGCGCACAGCCCCCUACCUUGAGUCUCGCAUCGAGUCCUUCCUCCGCGGAUUCGGUCCCGUUCUCGAGACCAUGUCCGAUGAGGACUUCGAAGGCCACAAGCGCAGUGUCGUCAACAAGCGUUUGGAGAAGCUCAAGAACCUCAGUUCCGAAACCGGCCGUUACUGGUCUCACAUCGGCUCUGAGUACUUCGACUUCCUGCAGCACGAGACCGACGCUGCCAACGUGCGUACCAUUUCCAAGGCCGAUCUGGUUGCCUUCUACCACCAAUUCAUUGAUCCUUCCUCCGCUACGCGUGCCAAGCUGGCCAUCCACCUGAACGCCAAGUCGGGCGCCAAGGUUGACGCGACGCCAUCUGAGCAGCGCGCAUCCCUCGUCACUGCCCUCAGCAAGCAAUUGGAGACCGCCGGCGUCACUGUCGAUGUUACCCGCUUCGCGGCUGCAUUCGAUGAGGUUGAGACCAAGGUCGUCGACAAGUCGCAGGUUCUGUUCGUCGUGAAGAACUUCCUCGCAACUGAACAGAGUCUACCGCAGAAGGAGAUUGAGUCUGUCCUUGAGAAGCUCGGUCAAACUGUCAGUGUCCAGCUUACAGAACUGGGACUCGGUUCCAAUGUUGAUGCGCAGGAUGCUGCUAACGGUACCAAUGUGCCAAAGGCUGUCUUCAUCACUGAUGUUCCUACUUUCAAGGCUAGCCUGCCUGUCAGUGCUGGUCCAAUUCCCGUUACGGAUCUUUCGGUGUAUGAGGAUUUUGAUGCUAAGCUUUGA